AUGAAGAACUUCAUUCUCUUGGCCGUUUCUUCCAUCCUGUUGGUGGACUUGUUCCCCACGCACUUCGGACAUAAUGUAGAUCUCUCCAGGGCCAUAAAUUUAAAUGGAGUAAGCUUCAAUAAUGUAGACACCAGUUUACUUGGCGCAGCACAGGUAAGACAAAGUGCUAGCCGAGGCAGAGGACUUGGUGAGAAACCAAAAAAAAAGGCGGAAAAAAAAGAAGAAGAACCAAAAAAGCCAAAUGAAAAUAAGCUGAAGCAACCAGUAGAUGGAGCACGAGAUGGGCCAGCACCAGCAGCAGAUGGAGCAAGAGAUGGACCAGCACCAGCAGCAGAUGGAGCACGAGAUGGACCAGCACCAGCAGCAGAUGGAGCAAGAGAUGGACCAGCACCAGCAGCAGAUGGAGCAAGAGAUGGACCAGCACCAGCAGCAGAUGGAGCAAGAGAUGGACCAGCACCAGCAGCAGAUGGAGCACGAGAUGGACCAGCACCAGCAGCAGAUGGAGCAAGAGAUGGGCCAGCACCACCAGCCGAUGGAGCAAGAGAUGGGCCAGCACCACCAGCAGCAGAUGGAGCACGAGAUGGACCAGCACCACCAGCAGCAGAUGGAGCACGAGAUGGGCCAGCACCACCAGCAGGACAAGGAGGAGGAAAUGCAGCAGGCCAAGCACAAGGAGGAGGAAAUGCCGGAAACAAAAAAGCAGGAGACGCAGCUGGAAACGCAGGAGCAGCAAAAGGACAGGGACAAAAUAAUGAAGGUGCGAAUGUCCCAAAUGAGAAAGUUGUGAAUGAUUACCUACAGAAAAUUAGAUCUACCGUUACCACCGAAUGGACUCCAUGCAGUGUAACCUGUGGAAAUGGUGUAAGACUUAGAAGAAAAGCUCAUGCAGAAAAGAAAAAACCAGAGGACCUUACCAUGGAUGACCUUGACGUGGAAGUUUGUGCAAUGGAUAAGUGCGCUGGCAUAUUUAACUUUGUGAGUAAUUCAUUAGGGCUAGUCAUAUUGUUAGUCCUAGCAUUAUUCAAUUAA